GAAUUAUGGAAAUCAGCUGGUAAACAAAUAACAGGUAAGAAAAAUAAAAAUUAAAAAAAAAAAACAACAUAUUUCUGAGAUGCCUUCAGGACGUGAAUGUUGAUGACGAUGAUGUGAGGCGUGUGCGUGUGAAUGCGUUUGUGCGUGUUGUCGUUCGCCGUAGGUUCGAAUGGUGUAGGUCGACGAAGAGUAAUAAAGAGUAAGACAACAAUAGUGUGCGAUUCCAACAGCAACGACAACAAUAAUAAUAAUACUUAUCGGCGCUGAAUUUUCUGUCUCGGUCGAGAAAAGGUAGGUUUUUUUGGGAAACGAUUUCGUGGAGGCGCCGUUGCCUAACUCUAUCCUUACAUAUUCGCGUGGGCUUUACGAUCAUCGCGCGGGCAAACAGUCUUGGUUUUUGCGUGAGUAGUGGUCGCAUACUUCUGUUGAUGGGACCCUCAUUCUGAACGACUACCCUGAAUUCAGUUCAGUACUGCCACAAACCGUUCGUUUUCCCGCGCGUUAGUAUACGACGAAAACGGCAGUCAUUCAGGGGCCUGAUCAUUGGCUACAGCGUUCAGCUAUUCCUUCCGAAUGCAGUUGACAUCCAACGUCACGGCGGCCGUCGCCAAAUAUGCGGCCCCAUAACAGGACACCACAUUUAAUCCAGGGUGUUAUGCAUUUGAGUACCAUACAAUGGGGGCCAACAUGGGUAAGAGUUCAGCUUCUUUACUGGAGGCAUUCCCUACACCGCAAAGUCAUUUGCAUGUGGUCAUGUUGGGCCUAGAUAGUGCUGGUAAGACUACAGCUCUCUAUAGACUUAAAUUCAACCAGUAUCUAAACACAGUUCCUACAAUUGGGUUUAACUGUGAAAAAGUUAAGGGAACUGUUGGAAGAGCCAGAGGACAAACAUUUCUUGUAUGGGAUGUUGGUGGCCAAGAAAAACUUAGACCUUUGUGGAAAAGUUAUACAAGGUGUACUGAUGGUAUACUAUUUGUAGUAGACAGUGUAGAUGUAGAGCGGAUGGAAGAAGCCAAAAUGGAACUAGCUCGCACUGCUAGAGCUCCAGAAAAUACAGGUGUACCAAUUUUAGUCUUAGCAAAUAAACAAGAUUUGCCUGCAGCACGAGAUUCAUCUGAAUUAGAAAGACUGUUAGGUCUAAAUGAACUAAAUCAUUUAUGGCAUAUUCAAGCUGCUUGUGCUAUAACUGGAGAUGGCCUUCAGGAAGGUUUAGAUGCAUUAUAUGAUAUGAUAUUGAAACGUAGAAAAUUAGCUAAACAAGUGAAGAAGAAAACUCGAUAAAUAAGUAAAUUAGUUUUUUAUUUUGAUCAUCAAUUGUACACAGAAGUAUAGUUUUAUUCUUGGAACAAUUAUCCUUUUUGCACCAAAAUUUCUAUGACACAUAAAUGUUUUAUAAUGAAAAUUGAUACUAUAUUUAAUUG